AUGAAUCCUGGACCUCCUAAUUAUCCCAUGGCUUCGCUGUAUGUUGGAGACUUGCACUCCGAUAUUACUGAGGCCAUGUUGUUUGAAAAAUUUUCUACCGCUGGCCCGGUUCUAUCCAUUCGCGUUUGUCGAGAUAUGAUAACUCGUAGAUCCUUGGGUUACGCUUACGUAAAUUUUCAGCAGCCUGCCGAUGCGGAGAGAGCCUUAGACACUAUGAAUUUUGAUAUGAUUAAAGGCAGACCAAUAAGAAUUAUGUGGUCCCAACGCGAUCCAUCUCUGCGCAAGUCUGGUGUAGGCAAUGUUUUUAUUAAGAACUUAGACAAAACCAUAGAUAAUAAGGCUAUGUAUGAUACCUUCACAGCUUUUGGAAAUAUUUUAAGUUGUAAAGUGGCUCAAGAUGAAAAUGGAGCUUCUAAAGGAUAUGGUUUUGUUCAUUUUGAAACUGAGGAAGCUGCUAAUAAGUCUAUUGAAAAAGUAAAUGGUAUGCUUUUAAAUGGGAAAAAAGUUUAUGUAGGCCGAUUUAUUCCUCGCAAGGAACGCGAAAAGGAACUAGGGGAGAAAGCUAAGUUGUUCACUAAUGUAUACGUUAAAAACUUUGGCGAAGAUUUCUCUGAUGAAAUGCUUAAGGAUAUGUUUGAAAAAUAUGGUAGAAUAACUAGCCAUAAAGUAAUGUAUAAGGACGAUGGAGCAUCAAGAGGAUUUGGAUUUGUAGCAUUUGAAGAUCCUGAUAAUGCUGAAAGAGCCUGCCUAGAACUAAAUGGCAAAGAACUUGUAGAAGGUAAACCUCUGUAUGUAGGACGUGCUCAGAAGAAGGCUGAGCGUCAAAAAGAAUUAAAACGUAAAUUUGAACAAUUGAAAUCUGAACGCCUGACUCGUUAUCAAGGAGUUAACUUAUAUGUUAAGAAUUUAGAUGAUACAAUUGAUGAUGAAAGACUUCGUAAAGAAUUUGCACCGUUUGGCACAAUUACUUCUGCUAAGGUGAUGUUAGAAGAUGGCCGCAGUAAAGGAUUUGGAUUUGUGUGCUUCUCUUCUCCUGAAGAAGCAACAAAAGCAGUAACUGAAAUGAACGGCCGAAUUGUUGGAACAAAGCCUCUAUAUGUUGCUUUGGCUCAGCGCAAAGAAGAUCGCAAAGCUCACUUGACAUCUCAAUACAUGCAGAGAAUGGCAAGCAUGAGAAUGCAGCAGAUGGGUCAGAUUUUCCAACCUGGAAGUGCAGGUGGCUACUUUGUGCCAACUAUUCCUCCUGCUCAAAGAUUCUAUGGCCCAGCUCAAAUGACGCAGAUUAGACCAGCUCCACGCUGGACUGCUCAACCAUCUGUUAGGCCAAGCACUCAAACUGCUGCUUCUGCCUAUCCUAACAUGCAGCCACAAUUCCGUCCAACACCUCGUGGCCCUACCCAAACAGCACUUCGCACCUCUUUAGGAGCUAGGCCUAUAACUGGACAACAAGGAGUAGCUACUGCAACAUCUAUUCGUGCACCACUUGUACCAAGUGGUCGCCCAGCUGGAUAUAAAUACACAGCAAAUAUGCGUAAUCCACCAGCUCCUCAACCAGCUGUGCAUAUCCAAGGUCAAGAACCACUAACAGCUACUAUGUUAGCUGCAGCACCUCUUCAAGAACAGAAGCAAAUGCUUGGUGAACGACUUUUCCCGCUUAUUCAGAGAAUGCAUCCUGAGCUAGCAGGUAAAAUCACUGGAAUGCUUUUGGAAAUUGAUAACUCUGAACUGCUUCAUAUGUUAGAGCAUGGAGAGUCUCUAAAAGCUAAGGUUGAUGAGGCUGUUGCUGUUUUGCAAGCUCACCAAGCUAAACAGCAAGCCACAAAGAAGGAU